AUGGGCGGCGGCUGCUCGCAGAAGCUGGCAACUGCUACCAUUCUCCGUUUCCUCCUGCUGGUCCUGAUACCAUGUAUCUGUGCGCUAAUUGUCCUGCUGGUGAUCCUGCUUUCCUUUGUGGGAACAUUAAGGAAGGCCUAUUUUAAAUCAAACGGAAGCGAACCAUUAGUCACUGAUGGUGAAAUCCAAGUGUCUGAUGUUAUUCUUCAAAAUACACUUUAUAACCAGAGCUCUGUACCUUCCACUGCACACCCCAACCAACACAUUCCAGCCUGGACUACUGAUGCUUCUCCCCCAGGAGGCCUGAACCCCGGGAACACAAGUACCUGCAUGAAUAUAACACACAGCCAAUGUCAGAUGCUGCCUUACAACACCACACUAACAUCUGUCUUAUCAACUGUCAAAAACCUGGAAAUGGAGAAGUUCCUCAAGUUCUUCAUGUACCUCCAUCGCCUCGGUUGCUAUCAACAUAUCUUGCUUUUUGGCUGUAGCCUGGCCUUCCCUGAGUGCAUCAGCGAUGGUGAUGAAAGUCAUGGACUCCUGCCCUGCAGGUCCUUCUGCGAGGCUGCGAAAGAGGGCUGUGAAUCAGUCCUGGGGAUGGUGAACUCCUCCUGGCCAGAUUUCUUCAAAUGCUCCCAGUUUAGAAAUGAAACGGAAAGCAGCAACGUCAGCAGAAUUUGCUUUUCACCACAACAGGAAAAAGGAAAACAACCGCUGUGCGGAGGGGGUGAGAGCUUCCUGUGUACCAGCGGGUUCUGUGUCCCCAGAAGCCUGCAGUGUAACGGUUACAACGACUGCGACGACUGGAGUGAUGAGUCUCACUGCAAUUGCAGUGAGAAUCUGUUUCAUUGUCACACUGGCAAGUGCCUUAAUUAUAGCUUUGUGUGUGAUGGAUAUGACGAUUGUGGGGACCUGAGUGAUGAACAAAACUGUGAUUGCAAUCCCACCAGGGAACAUCGCUGUGGGGAUGGACGCUGCAUCCCGACAGAGUGGGUCUGCGACGGCGACCAGGACUGUGUGGACAAGUCUGACGAGGCCAAUUGCUCCUGUCUCAGCCAGGGUCUGGUGGAAUGCAGAAAUGGGCAGUGUGUCCCCAGCACCUUCUGGUGUGACGGACUUGAGGACUGUAAGGAUGGAAGUGAUGAAGAGAACUGCAGUAACAGUCAGACUCUAUGCCAAGGAGACCAAAGAUGCCUCUACAAUUCCUGCCUUGACUCAUGUGGUGGUAGCUCUCCCUGUGAGCCCAACAAUGGUCGGAAUAACUGUAGUCAGUGUGAACCGAUUACGCUGGAACUCUGUAUGAAUUUACCUUACAACUAUACAAAUUAUCCCAAUUACCUUGGCCACAGGAGUCAAAAGGAAGCAUCUAUCAGUUGGGAGUUUUCUCUUUUCCCUGCACUUGUUCAAACCAACUGUUACAAAUACCUCAUGUUUUUUGCUUGUACCAUACUGGUCCCAAAGUGUGAUGUGAAUACAAGCCAACGCAUCCCACCUUGCAGAGUGCUGUGUGAACACUCCAAAGAGCACUGUGAGUCUGUUCUUGGGCUCGUAGGUCUACAGUGGCCUGAAGACACAAAUUGUAAUCAAUUUCCAGAAGAAAACUCCGAUAAUCAAACCUGCCUAAUGCCUAAUGAAGAUGUGGAAGAAUGCUCACCUAGUCACUUCAAGUGUGGCUCAGGGCGGUGCAUUUUGGCUUCCAGAAGAUGUGAUGGCCAGGCUGAUUGUGACGAUGACAGUGACGAAGACAACUGUGGCUGCAAAGAGAGAGAUCUUUGGGAAUGUCCAUCUAAUAAACAGUGCCUGAAGCAUACACUCAUCUGUGAUGGAGUCCCAGACUGCCCAGAUGACUUGGAUGAAAAAAACUGCUCUUUUUGCCGGGAUGAUGAAAUAGAAUGUGCGAACCACGAGUGUGUGUCACGGGAUCAGUGGUGUGACGGCCACGCCAACUGCUUGGACAGUUCAGAUGAGUGGGACUGUGUGACCCUCUCUAAAGAUGUGAACUCCUCUUCAUUCCUGACCGCUCACAGAUCUGCCAGGGAAUACCACGUGUGUGCAGAUGGCUGGCAGGAGACAUUGAGUCAGCUGGCCUGCAAGCAGAUGGGUUUAGGGGAGCCAUCUGUGACCAAACUGGCACAGGAACAGAUGCAAGACAUGCAGUGGCUGACAUUACACCCCAACUGGGAGAGCCUCAACGGGUCCACUUUGCACGAACUGCUGGUAAAAGGGCAGGCUUGUCAAAGCAGAAGUAAGAUUUCUCUUCUGUGCACUACACAAGACUGUGGGCGCCGGCCUGCUGCCCGAAUGAACAAGAGGAUCCUUGGGGGUCGGACCAGUCGCCCUGGAAGGUGGCCAUGGCAGUGUUCCCUGCAGAGUGAGCCCAGUGGACACAUUUGCGGCUGCGUUCUCAUUGCCAGGAAGUGGGUUCUGACAGUUGCACACUGCUUCGAGGGGAGAGAGGAGGCAGCCGCGUGGACCGUGGUGUUCGGCAUCAACAAUCUAGAUCACCCGUCCACGUUCACGCAGACGAGGCUGGUGAAGACCAUCAUCCUGCACCCUCGCUACAGCCACGCUGUGGUAGACUACGACAUCAGCAUCGUGGAGCUCAGUGAGGACAUCCAGGAAACCAGCUACGUCAGGCCCGUCUGCUUACCCAGCCCGGAGCAGUCACUAAAGCCUGACUCAUACUGUUCUAUCACAGGCUGGGGGCACAUGGGUAACAAAAUGCCUUUUAAGCUGCAAGAGGGAGAAGUCCGCAUUAUGUCCCUGGAGCAGUGCCAGUCCUACUUCGACAUGAAGACCAUCACCACCCGCAUGAUAUGUGCUGGCUACGAGGCUGGCACCGUCGAUUCGUGCAUGGGUGACAGCGGUGGGCCUCUUGUUUGUGAGCAGUCUCAAGGACAGUGGACAUUAUUUGGUUUAACUUCAUGGGGCUCGAUCUGCUUUUCCAAAGUUCUGGGACCUGGAGUUUAUAGCAACGUGUCAUAUUUCGUCGAAUGGAUUAAAAGACAAAUAUACAUCCAUACCUUUCUCCUGAACUAA